AUGGCUGCAAGGGCAUCCGUACCACCGCCAAAUGCUUCGGGUUCUAUGGCACCUAGUUCGUCCAUACCAGCAUUGACUGCUGUUGCUGACCCACCCGUCCGUCAAAUGGACGGCGCAGCAAUGGAUUACUUCCUCAUUGAGGCCGUUCACGCAUUACGCGCAUCGUCUGUAGUUGCAGCCGCACGCGCGAACAAGGUCGAGCGCGAUAUGAUUGAAGCCGGUCUCAUCCCCCCACCUCCGACGGCAAAAGACACUCAAAGAGAAUCAGUAACAAGUAAUGGCCCCGGGACAUCUGUAGCGAAGACCACAGCCGAUGAAGAGGAGGAGGCUGUACGAGUGCGCUUGGAGGCUAUUGGAAUGCAUGUUGGCGCAAACAUUACAGAACGCCUAUCGCACGACCGGCCACUAUUCACAGACACCUUAGAUGCAGUCAAAUUCAUCUGCAAGGAAUUGUGGGUUGUAUGCUGGGACAAGCAAGUCGAUAAUUUGCGAACCAAUCAUCGGGGGAUAUAUGUGUUACAGGAUAACUCCUUCAAACCAAUAGCACGCAUUUCCAGUUGGGAGGGACGAGCUGAUGCGCUGAAAAAAACAAAGCUUUAUUUAGCCAUGCCCGCGGGCAUCCUAAAGGGCGCGCUCAUUCGACUAGGGUAUCAAGCCGCCGUAGUCCCUGAAGUCACAACGCUUCCUCAAUGCAGCUUCCAGCUUCGCUUGCCCAAAGGCCCGUGA